AUGAAGCUCUCAAUCUUCAUUUUGAUCAAAUCUUUGGUUGUGAUUUUCGUUAUCUACAAGCUUAGAUGUUUCGCCAAGAACUACUAUCAUGCUCGCCGCUCUGGGCUUCCGGUACAUGUCAUACCUGCUUUUACCAAGAGCACGUUGUGGGUGGUAUUUGCACCAAUGCUGCAGCCUCAUCUGGAAAAAUAUCUCCCGAGCUUGAUUUACGAUCGGAUUGAUGUAGCAAUUCAUGGAUGGGAGUCCCGUCGGAAGAGAUGGUAUCACGAUCGUCUUGGGGCAAUUUUCGCCGUUGCAACUCCGGAUGAAUUCACGAUAUGGUGCGCAGACCCAGCCAUUGGCACCGCAAUUUUACAAAAUAGGAACGAAUUUCAACAAGCCCCUAUUGUGAGUAGCAUCCUAGGAUUUCUGGGGUCUAAUGUCUUCAUGACAAAUGGCGAUGAAUGGAAGCGACAUCGCAGAAUGUUCAAUAAGAACCUUGAUGAGCGAAUCAGCAGAGUGGUGUGGACUGAAACACUUCAGCAAGCACAAGACAUGGUCAACUAUCUCGUGGAUCACCCAGGCAAUGAGACCCUGGAGGGCCUCCGCAGUAUAGCAAUCAACGUCAUCGGAAAAGCUGGAUAUAACUGGCAACAGCCAUGGUCACCAAAUAACUUGGGCAUUCCUCCAAAAAGUGCAACAGGAAAAGAAGCCUACUUUGGAAUGCUGGGUUUGGUGACGACUAUGAUUCUAGAAGCAGCAUUUCUUCCCCGGAAGAUUAUGCAGCUACCCUUCAUGCCGCUCGCGUUACAAAGCAUGGGGUAUCAUCUGGAACGGGCUCCUCGGUAUAUUCAGGAAAUCCUUCGAAACGAAAGAGAAUCAAAUUGCGGCAAGACACACACCGAAUCUAAUUUUCUAAGCCUAAUGCUUCAAUUUUCGGAGGAAGAGAAUAACGAGCAUGAGGCAAAACCUUCACUGACACAAGAGGAAAUUAGCGGAAAUCUUUUCGUAUUUACUUCGGCUGGGUUUGAAACCACUGCUAAUACUAUGGGGUUUGCAGUGAUACUUCUAGCUCUUUAUCCUGAAUGGCAAGACUGGAUUCAGCAUGAAAUUCACGGCUUAGACAUGGCAGGAUCCAAUUGGAAUUACGAAAAUACUUUUCCAAAAUGCAAGCGCACGCUGGCUUUGAUGUUUGAAACAUUGAGGUUGUAUACACCAGUGGAACACACCACCCGUGCCAUCUUCAACCCCACAUCGCUUAGUACUGGAACCGAUGGCCAGACUUAUAUUCUCAUGCCUCCCUUGGAUAUUUUUGUUGAGCAGUCCAUCAUUCACUUGGACCCGGCAAUUUGGGGUGACGACGUUAUGGAUUUUCGACCUUCUCGAUGGAUUGAUGACUCGGGAGAUCUCAUCACUCCCGACAAAGGUACAUUUUACCCUUGGUCAGGGGGACCACGGAUAUGCCCAGGCUUGAGGUUCUCGCAGGUAGAGUUCGUCGCGACAAUGGCAAUCCUGUUCCGAAACUGUCGCUGCUCGCCGCUCACUGUCCCUGGAGACAAACCCGAAGAUCCGGCGCUCAGACUUCAAAGGGCCAUAACAGACACCGUGACCAAGUUGACAUUAUCGGUCAAGGAUCCGAAAGAGGUUCAACUAAAAUGGACGGCAUGUGGCAACGCUGUCUGA